GUGUGUUUUUAUCUCAAUUAUUGAAUUUCGAAGAAUUAAAUUUAAUUUAACUGUGAUGUAUUGGUUUAUUCCAUUAUUGUUAUUACUGUUGUUAAAUAAACCAUUUAUUGGUGAAGCGGGUAAAAUAAAAACCGUUUCAUUAAUCGAUAAUCAUGAGCAGGAACGGGAAUCAUUAGUUCAAUCAUUAGAAGGAAUUUGGAAUGUAACAAACGAUAAUCAUUCUAUCAAUAUUUUUUGUAAUGUUCCCGGCGGAAUAUAUUCUGAUUUAAUGGAUGCUGGUAUUAUUGGUGAUAUAUAUAAGAAUUUCAAUGAUCUUGAAUUACGAUGGAUACCCAGGGAAAAUUGGAAUUAUUUUACAAAUUUUUCUGUUUCUAAGGAAAUUCUUGAAAAAAAAGCAGUCUUUUUAGUGUUCAAUGGCAUAGAUACAUUUGCCACGAUUACCUUAAACGGCAAAGAAGUUGGAUAUACCGAAAAUAUGUUUCGUCGAUAUCGUUACAGUGUAAAAGAUUUUCUACGGAUUGGAAAUAACAAUAUUUCAGUUUAUAUUCACUCACCGAUUGAAGUAUCAAUUAAGGAAUAUGAAAUAGAAACAAAACGUCACGAUGGAAUUCCUGUACUUCCUAUAUGCCUACCAGAUAAAUAUAAUGGUGAAUGUCAUGUGAAUCAUAUUCGAAAACAACAAGCAUCGUUCAGCUGGGAUUGGGGUCCUUCGUUUCCAAGUUCUGGAAUAUGGAAAUUGCCCGUUCUUGAAACUUACGAUGUGGUGAUGAUUGGAGACAUUGAAGUUCACAUUACUAGACAAUCCGAGAAUAAACGGUGGGACGUAAAAUUAAUUGCACACCUGGAAAGUUUCCCAAAUAAUACGAUUUCUGGUUCAUUAAUAUCCAAAUUGUCUCAUUAUAAAAAUAAAACUAGUUUCAUUGUAAAUGAAACAAAUAUUGAAAAUUAUAAAAUACCAAAUAGUGGAAGAAUUGCGAUUACACAAAAUUUAAUUGUACCUGAUGAUUUUGUGGAUUUGUGGUGGCCUAAUGGCUAUGGACAACAAAUCCUCUAUGAUUUAAAUGUAUCUUUUAACAGUUCUGAGCAUGUUUCCAAAUCCAUAAAAGUUGGAUUUCGAACAAUACAAUUAGUUGAAGAUGCUAUUGAGAAUCAUGAAGGAGCAACAUUUUAUUUUAAAAUAAACGAUCUACCAAUGUUUAUGAAGGGAUCAAAUUGGAUUCCAUCGAAUAUAUUACCUGAAGCAACAACCUCAGAGGCUGGAGAAAAAAGAAUAAGGAAAUUGUUAACGGAUGCAAAUAUUGCCAAUAUGAAUAUGUUAAGAGUUUGGGGUGGUGGAAUAUAUGAGUCAGAUUUCUUCUAUUCUGUAGCUGAUGAAUUGGGAAUUCUAAUUUGGCAAGAUUUUAUGUUCGCAAGUUCAAUGUAUCCUGCUAGCGAAUCAUUUUUAAGCAAUGUGGAAGAAGAAAUUGUGCAACAAGUUACCAGACUUCAAUAUCAUCCAAGUAUUGCACUUUGGGCUGGUAAUAAUGAAAAUGAAGGAAAUCUCAAACAUAAUCAGUUUGGGACCGCAGACCAUUAUGAUCUUUUCAAAGAUGAUUAUAUCAAAUUAUAUGCAGAUGUUAUUAAAACUAAUAUUGAAAAAAUAGAUAAAACAAGACCUUUUGUACUUUCAAGUCCUGGAAAUGGGAAACUAAGUGAUGAACAAGGCUAUAUAGCCGAGGAUCCUGGCAGUUCAAAAUAUGGCGAUGUUCAUGAUUACCCUUUCUGGAAUAACGGUUGGUUACCAUCCUCGUUUCCAAUUCCAAGAUUCAUUUCCGAGUAUGGACUACAAUCAUUGCCAAACUAUCAAACUUUAGAAGAAGCAACUGAUAAUCCAUCAACUGAUUUACAAUAUGGUAGUGAUUUUAUGGAGAAAAGACAACAUCACCCAGACAACUAUGGGUCUUUGGAUUUCCAAUUAUCCACCCAAUUUUCUGAUGAAAAAAUUGAUUUUAAAAAUUACAUUUUUAGAAGUCAAAUUAUACAAGCUGUAUCCAUGAAAGUAGGAACAGAAAAGUUCCGACAAUUUCAAAAUACGAUUCGCGAAGACAGUGCAGGAUUGACCAUGGGAGCAUUAUAUUGGCAAUUAAAUGACGUUUGGCAAGCUCCGUCAUGGUCUGGUAUAGAUUUUGCUGGUCGUUGGAAAAUGUUACAUUAUUAUGCGAAAAACUUUUUUGCACCAAUUUUGAUAUCAGGAAAUGUUAUCGAUGAUUUAUUAACGGUGUUCAUUACGUCUGAAGUUCGUAAUACAAUUGAAGCUUCGAUGAGCAUUAUUAUCCAUAAUUAUCAAUUAUUUAAAGAUAUCAACACAAUUUCUAAAAACGUUUCUAUUACUCCACAAAACUCAUCAAUUUAUUAUCAGAAUGAAGUAAAAACUUUAUUAGGAGACAAUGAUUUAUCCGAUACAAUUAUAAUAUUGAAGCUGAACAUUGAGUCACAGCAGCAUAAUCUGGAAAAUUUUGUUCUUACUGGUGACCUUAAAAAAGUUACAAAUGUACCACAUACAACGUGUACAGUAACAAAAAAAGAUGGUCCCGAUUUUCAACUACGUUUAAAAACCGAUUCGUAUACACCUUUUGUAUGGCUGCAAACCAACAUUACUACUGGUCGCUUCUCAGAUAAUGGCAUUAUAAUGACAACUAAAGAAAAGGACGUUUAUUUCUACGGUGAUAAUCCAGACAUAUCUAUCGAAGCUUUUCAAGCAUCAAUUCGAGUUUCUUCCUUACGUAAUACAACCCAACUGAUCUAAUAAUAUGUAAGAACCGAAUCGCAAAACUUGCACCAGAUUUGGCUUUCAGAACAUCUACAAAAAAAAGGCAACGAAUAGACAGUAU